AUGAAUCAGUCAGAUUUUCAGCGAUUAGCCACAACCCUUGUCUCGGAACAGCAGAAAGUGGGUACACAAAUCGACAUGGCUAACGAAUGCAUGCAGAAACUGCAAGAGGCACGUGGCAGAGCGCAUACAGAAAUUCAACUAUUCCGCAUGAAAAUGAACGACUUGUUGGACCACCUGGAGGGAAAUACUAUACAGUCUCUGGACACGCUGCUUAUUACAUUAAGAAACCCUUUGAAAUCCGGCAUAUGGAAAUGCUCAAAGCUUAAGGAAGACUUCAAAAGUAUGCAGGAAGCAAUUAAAGAUUUCGACUGUGGCAGGCCCAACGUAAAUAUAUUUAUUGCACAUUCUAAACUCACCGAAAUGAUUUCAAACAAGCACACAAUAUUAAAGGAAUUAUCUGCCAACCGAAAUGUUGAUAUGACUUUUGAAGGUAAUCCCGAUGUUGAGAAACUUUUAUCAGGCCUCAGUGUCCUGGGUAAUGUAGAAGAUUUAAAUCGAAAUUUAGAAAUAUGUUUGUCGGGCGAGAUAUUUCAUUGUAAAGAUAAAAUGCUUCUCAGUGUCAAACUGCCAUCAGAUAGAGGAACCUGUGAUAUAAGUGGCAUAAUUGAACUUUCUAGUGGAGAGCUCCUUUUGGCGCAUUAUGAAAACAUCAAAAUGAAGCUGAUUGAUAUGCAAUACAAAGUUGUCGCUCACACAGACCUACCAAGCCAGCCAAAAGACAUGUGCAGUUUCAGUCCUACUGAGUUCGCUGUUACAUAUCGUGAAGCAAGCAUGAUCCAGUUCCUCACUGUCAACAAGUAG